ACAACACAAAACAAGAAGAAAGAAAACAAGUCUUGAAAAUGGUUUCGUUGCGGCAAAAGAAGAAGCAAAAUCCAGCAAAGCGAGCAUGGAAAAGCUUCACAAACAUGGUCAGAUCCAAGUUCAGAGACAUCGAGAUCGCUGCAUCGGUCAGAGAAUCAACGGCUCGUGUCCUCCGAUUCCUCUCUCACCGACUCAUCGUGCCUUUCAGAACAAGGUACCUCGAAAACACUAGCUAUACAGACAAAUACUACAUCCGAAGCAAUCAAACUUCUCAGCGGUUUCUCAACUUCUUCUCUCGACGUCCUCUCGCCAAAACAAAGCGUCGUCACAAUGAAUACGGUGACAGUUACUCUCAAUUCUAUCAAUAUCAAAGCCAAUCACGCAUCGAGGAGAGUAGCAGGAGUGAGAAAAACGAGAAAGCUGUGGGAAGAAAAGAGGAGACAAGAGGAGAAGAAGAUGAGGGGAUGCCGGAAAUCGCUGAUUCGAUGGAAGAUGCUUGGAAGAGAGUGGUGGCUGCGUCUCCUCAUUUGAGGGUUGACGAGAGAGCCGACGAGUUCAUCUACAAGUUUAGAGAAAGUAUGAAGAUGGAGAAGGAGAGGUCUUUUCUUGAGUUCCAAGAAAGGUUAAAACGAAGUGCUUGAAUUCUUGAUUGAUCAAUCAUGGAUUCAUGUGUGUUCUUAAAUCUUAGUUGUUCGUCUUUUGAUUUUUUUUUUUUUGAUGAACUUUUGCUUUCUUCUGCUCCUUUCUUCUUUCUUAAAAUUUGGAAAAUUCUAAGUGUUAACGAAAAAAAAUACAUUUUUAUUUUUCUUGAUAUAAUGUGAAUA